AUAACUUUUCUCCAUAUUACUAUAAAAAAAGAGGUUAAUUUUAUGUAUAAAUUCAGAUGAACGUUGAAGAAUUGUUUUCGGAAAUGCAAAUUGUAGCUCCAACUUUGCUCAAUUUGCCUUUGCAAGUCGCUGAACAAGUUUUGGAAAAACUUGGGGUUACGGAUCUACUAGCUUCCCGAAAAGUGUGCCGAGGCUUGAGAUCAGCUGUGGAUAAGCUGGGACUUCCAUUAAAUUCCAUCAGAUUUCAAAACUGGAAAGAUGAGGUUCGAAUGCACUUGAACGGAAUUGAAGAGAUCAAGUAUACUCCUGAAAAGCCCGUUGACACAAUUGUAGCCUACAAUGGACUAGAGAAGGCUAUCCCAGGAGAAAAUUUUACGAGAAUAGCCUUCAAAGAUUUGGAGGGCUUAUUGAAGCAUGCAAUAACCGAACUAUCGCUUUAUAAUAAUCGUGACAUACUAGAAAAUUCCUUUUUUGAAGAAGCCUUGAGAACCAACAAGCCAGUUCACAUUAAAAGCUUACGGCUUUAUGAUUUUUCAAUCAACGGAAUUUUUAAACUACUCCAGUACUUUGACGACCAAGUGCUUGAAGAUCUCGAAAUAUUCUUUGUGGAAUCAAACAAUGGAUUUGAGAAAAUCAGAAGCUUGGACCAAUGGAAAAAUGCAAAAAGCUUCACAUUCUGGGGCUGUGCAUUUGACAUUAAAGAGAUUGAGCACCUGUUUCACUUUGAGAAAAUUCUUAUUACAGCGAACAAGUUUACAGUACGGGAUGCAGUUAAGAUCAGAGAUGAUCUUCUGAAGAGAAGUACAUUUCGAGAAUGCAGUAUCUACUUCGAAGGGUAUAAUUCAAACCCAAUAAAAAUUGCAAAAGUUUUCCAGCCAGACUUCACUGAAGGCGACAAUUUAUGGUCACAUGGUAGCAAUAAGUUCAAACUUCAUUUUGCAGUUCAUAUGUUUUCUUGUUGCAUUGUAAAUUGAAAUUGUUGAAUAAAUAGGGGUUUGUUGGAAAAAUGUAGUCAGAACUUGGAAUUCUCAUUUUGUGAACGGCGUGUUAACAAUAAAAAAACACUU